AUGACCAAGCAGGACUUCCUUCUGCCCUAUCUGAAGUUCAUCUGGACCGGCCAUCACUUGAAACCCCUCACGGAGGAGUUUCGGAACUCCAUUUUGGCGCUCAAAGCGAAGAACGAGCAGCAAUUCAUCCCCACCUUUUUGAUUGGCCACAAUUCCUUGCCCAUUCCCGCGGAUUGGGACACGGCCGCAACCGCGGAACUGCGUCCCUUGAAGAAUGGCAGUCUGUACGUGACCAUGAAGAACAAUAAUCCAUCGAAGUUGGUGAAGGAAUUGUUGAAAGAGUCCCAUUUCUUGUCCUUAAUGAGCGUCGAUGAUGUGAUUAAGGAACAAUUACCGGUCAUGAUCGAACAAAUGUCCCAAUUAGGAAUCCGUUAUGUGUACUACAGUCCCUAUAAUUAUCGUCAUUCGCGUAAAUUAGCGGCGAAAAUGGGACUGGACACGGGAUGGAAUACGGCCAUCUCAUUAAGCGACAAUUGUGAUGAUGAGGGGUUGGAGUGGGAGUCCUUCGCGCAGCUGCCCCACGGCGUGGAACAAAUUAAGGAACACAUUCUCACGCAGGACAAUAACGAUCGGGUCGAUCGUGAGCUUAAUGGAGGUGAUGACGGAAUGGGGAGAGGGCGUUAUUUCUGUGUGUAA